GCAUCAACAACGUGAACAAAUGACUGGCUCGUCUCACAACGCAACGAGCAUUUCCCUGUUCCCGAUCUCUUCCGUCAUCCGCGAGCCCCGCAAAAUCGUGAAAAUCUGUUCAUUUUAAUCUCACAGUUUUGACCCCGUUCAUUUAUUCCUUCGUCGACGUUUAUUCGUUCAUCUCUGCUAGUCCGGCGGCGAUAUCUCCGCCUACGAAUAGGCGAGUCAACGAGGUAUCGACGAUUCCGAUACACAUAAGUGAUAUUGAGAACCAGCAAAUAUGGUGUCGUCAACCGUAGUCGAGAAUGGCGAAACAAUCGCCCCGGUGGUAAGUUCGUCACCAGCUGUCGGCGUGCCACCUGGUGAUUAUAGGCUCGUAGGAUGGGACAUGGACGCCACUGGCAGGAGACUGAUCGACGAGAUUUGCCAAAUUGCCGGGUAUACGCCUAGUUCCAGCUAUGGCCAGUACGUCAUGCCUUUCAAGGACCUCAAUCCACCUGCCAGAAAGAGGCACAAUAUUAGAGUUGUUACCAUCGGAAAAUACCGAAUGCUCAAGGACAACAAGACAAACAAGGUCCUAAAGACGAAAAGUGAGAUAUCUGCGCUGAUAGAUUUUAUCACGUGGCUUGAGUCGGUCAAGGGAGAUGCGGCCGAUGGUGUGAUUCUUGUUUAUCAUGAGCCACGCAAAGUCAUACCUUCCAUGCUGCUUGAAUCGCUGAGGAAAUUCAACCUUUUAGAUCGAUUCAAGCAAACCGUUAAGGGCUUCGCUAACGGGUUUAACGUUGCAGAGGUCAAAUGCGCCGAUACAGUACGCACAUUUUCCCUACGCACAUUAUCGCGUGUUAUGCUAGACAAGGAAGAAGAGUUAGACAACGCUGUUGAUAGAGCGCGUCUAGCUCUUCAAGUCAUACAGCACUUGAGCGCUGGUGAAGAAACUGCAAAGGGCGCCGAGAGUAGCGGAAGUGGUGAUAGCGACGCAGCGACAAAAGGGACCAUAGAACUGAUAAGAGAAUUCGUACAGCCAACGCAUGUCGAAGAAAAGGAAUUAGCUGGUUUGAAAUUGGUCCUCAAUCGUCAAAAUAGUCUAAGACCUGUAUUCGGAAUGCUACUGCGCCAAAGUCGCCGCGAACGACAACAUGCUAGCCUCUUACGCCGAUUAUUAGCCGAGGCUAAUGUCGACUACGUAGAACUGCAGGAAGUAUGGUCGAACGAGAAAAGGGAAGGUUUGCAAAAAUUAAUAAAAGAGAAAGUAACAGGAGCGAAGGAAAAUGAGGAAGAGGAAUUGUUGGAGGUACUCGAGUGUCACUUUGACCCAGAAAAAAAGAUGAAGCCGAAGUUAAGUGUAGAAAAAAAAGUAGGAAAGAAAGGAAAUAUUGGCAAAGGUGCAGUGGAAUCUAAAGAGAACAUCAAAAACGAAUCCGCUACCGAGAGUCCAGAUACAACAACAACAAGUUCUCCUUUGAAAGAGAAACUUGUACCCCAGGAAAAUGCUGAGGUAAAAUCUUCGGAUGUGAAAUGCGAAUAAAAUCAAAAUAUCCUGAUGCCAGUGCCUUAUUUCAAAUACAGAAUGAACAUUUUUGUUCUUGAAUUUCCUACAUUGGUAUGAUAAUCUUUAAAAACUAAGUGAAAAUGUUGAUAAAAAAAAAAAAGAAAAGAUAUACUAAGAAAAGAAAAACGGCAGAUGAGGUUAGCUUGUUAUAGAAUUUUAUUUAGAUUUCUCGUGAUAUUCGAACAGGUUUGUCAGUCCUGGAGACUACAAUGUCCGGUUCGAUUCAUAUAGUACUAUAUUAUAUUAUAUUAUAUUAUUUACUUUAGUUCGUCACAAAAUGAACGUAUUAUUUUUUUCGUUUUUUUUUUCUGUUUAUUAUCUACCGAGUUUAUGUUGAUUUAUUUUUUUGUAUUACUCAGUUUUCUAUCUAAAUAAUAAGAUUCGUUUAAUCUCCUUAUGGAAUUACGUUGGGGUCACAAAAUUAACCAAUAAAUAAAUAAUCCCAAUGUAAAAAAUUUAUACUUACAUCGCACUUGAUGAUUGAAUUAUCGAUUUAUUGUUGUCAUUAUAAAUACAUUGGAUAACUUCUGUGCAUAACUAAAAUUGCAAUUAUUUAAUUUUUUUAAUUUUUUAAUUUUCUUUUUUUUUUCUUUUUCUUUUUUUUUCUUUUUCUUUAAAGUAUAAACUGGCGGAACAUUCAUGCUGCGUCAAUAAAAAAAACAAAGCAAAAAAAACAAAAAAACUACAAAUAAAACGAGCAAAAAAAUAAUAUAAACAAGGUGCAUGAUAAUUACAGGAUUACUAAAAGUAAAUAAAUGAAAAAAUAAAAAAAAAACUUACAUAAAUAUUCACGACUUGAAAAGCAA